CUUGUUAACCUCCUAAUGAUGGUUGAAGAAGACAUGCCCGUUUCGUCACGACCGGAAGAGACAAAACGAUCCGUACCUCGAGAAACUUCCCCCGAACCAUCCUCCUCCUUCGACUUCUGGAGUUUUUCUGAUCAUCAUUGAGAAUGUGAGACGACAAAGAAACCAGAUAGGCCUGCACACACCCACAUCGAAAUGACCGUUUUGGGCCCGUCCAUCUCCCCCUUUUAAGGUCGGACCACCACCCUCGGUAAGGACGGUGAGAUGCUCCAGGAACAUCCCCAAAUGAAAAGCCGGAUUUCAUCAACCGACGACGACGAAGGGGACGGGGACGACCAUGCCGCCUACCUCUGGUGGCGGUCGGCGGCGGGGUACGAGGAGUGCGCGCGGCUCGCCGGACGACCGGAGGCGGCGGCGAGCGUUGCGAGCGUGCUGAGCCCGAGGGUGAGGGUGCUGAGGGAGAUGGAGAGGCUGGCGCUGGUGGCGCCGGAGGGGCUCGACGAGGUGAGGCAGAAGCUGUUCGCGUACCGGGCCGGCGACUUCUGGGUGCCGACCGGCGGGCUGAGCAAGGAGGAGAUGGACAUCCCGGCCACCAACACGGUGCUCCUGGCGGGCUUCGCCGGCUCCGGCAAGAGCUCGCUCGUUAAUCUCAUGUACAGCGUGUUGGGCCGGGCCGGCCUUAUUCCGUUCGCCCAGACUUCGUCUGGGAAAUCUUCCAGCUACACGACGAUGUAUCUCGAGGAGCACAAUGUGGUGAGGUCGUUGCGGAGUGGCUUCUGCGUCUACGAUUCGAGAGGAUUUGAUUAUGGCCGCAUUGAUGAGGCCUUGGAGGAGCUGUCUGAUUGGAUGAGCCAAGGAGUCCACCACAACCAGCUCUGCUCGAGGCCGGGGGAUCGAGCCUUCUCGGAGGAUGAAGCUGAGUUCUGUCCGUCGAGAUCUUCUUCCAAGUUCAUGAAGAGGAGAGUGAAUUGUGUCAUGGUGGUCGUUAACAUAGCCGAGGUCCACAAAGCGAUGAAAGCCGGCGAUUUCGAGCAGUUGAGAGCGACCAAAGAGCUGUUCUCAGCUCCUGCUUUGAGAAAAUGCAAUGAGAGUCCCCUCUUGAUCCUGACGCACGGCGAUCUGUUAACACCGGAGGAGAGGGUCGAGGCCCGUCUCAAGAUAUGCGAAUGCCUUGGCAUACCGGAGGCGAGUGGAGUCUACGACAUCGUGUGCCUCACAGAGUACGGCUUUCUCGCCGAAGAAGCAGACCCCAUCACGGCUUAUUCUCUAGCCGAAGCCGUCUACCGGGCGUUGCUAAUUUCUGACAGAGGUCACGUUCCCAAAAACGACCUCCGAGACUGGGCGUGCGUGGCAUUCUCGUGCCUGAUGUGGCUCUUCGGCGCCUUGUUCAGUUUCCUAGCCGUCAUCUGCAAUAAACUCGGGCAGCGACGAAAAGGGCUUAGGAUUUGAAGCAUUGGCAUGAGCUUUGUUGAUUCAUUCUCAGGCUGCAGAUGUAGGAUUUAGUUAGCUGUGCUGACACUAACGGAGGUAGUUUGAUGUACCUAGCUAAUUGACUGAUCUUCCUUCCUUCUUUUUUGUCUCCCUUGUGAUUGUGAUGGAGAUGAGAAUUGUAAUAAUGUCCCUGAAGAGACCUGUAUUUUGCACAAA